AGGAGGGAUGCCCGUCCUGCGCCGGCCGUUUCCCGGCGGAGCCGUCAGCUGACGCCGCCGUUUCCUGGCUGCCGCCCGCCAUGCUGCGGCUCCUGCUCCCGCUGGCCGCCCUGGCCGCGCUCCUCCGGGCGGCGAAUGUACCUCAGAGGAGUUUUGGGAUUGAUUAUGAUUCCAACUGCUUUGUCAAGGAUGGGAAACCUUUCCGUUACAUCUCCGGUAGCAUUCACUACUCGCGGGUGCCCUCGUAUUACUGGAAAGACCGCCUGCUGAAGAUGAAGAUGGCAGGGCUUGAUGCCAUUCAGACGUAUGUCCCAUGGAACUACCAUGAACCCCAGAUGGGCACGUAUGACUUUUUUGGUGGCAAAAAUCUAGAGUAUUUCCUGCAGCUUGCCAAUGACACUGGAUUGCUUGUUAUCCUGAGAGCUGGACCUUACAUCUGUGCAGAAUGGGACAUGGGAGGUCUUCCUGCAUGGCUGUUGGAAAAGAAAUCUAUUGUUCUCAGGUCUUCUGAUUCAGAUUACCUGGAAGCAGUAGAGAGAUGGAUGGGUGUUCUUUUGCCAAAGAUGAGGCCUUAUCUCUAUCAAAAUGGAGGUCCAAUCAUCAUGGUGCAGGUAGAGAAUGAGUAUGGAAGCUACUUUGCUUGCGACUACGACUACCUGCGCUUCCUUCUGAAGCUCUUUCGCCUGCAUCUUGGGGAUGAGGUGGUGCUCUUCACAACUGAUGGUGCAAGCCAGUUUCACUUGAAAUGUGGGGCUCUCCAGGGUCUUUAUGCAACGGUGGACUUUGCUCCAGGUGGCAAUGUUACAGCAGCAUUCCUAGCUCAAAGGAGCAGUGAACCCAAGGGCCCUUUGGUUAAUUCUGAGUUUUAUACUGGAUGGUUGGAUCACUGGGGGCACCGUCAUUCUGUUGUGCCUGCAGAAACUAUAGCUAAAACACUUAAUGAAAUCCUGGCAAGUGGUGCUAACGUUAACCUGUACAUGUUUAUAGGUGGGACUAACUUUGCCUAUUGGAAUGGUGCUAAUAUGCCUUAUAUGCCUCAGCCCACUAGUUAUGACUAUGACGCUCCCCUAAGUGAGGCGGGAGAUCUGACAGAAAAGUAUUUUGCCUUGAGAAAAGUCAUCGGUAUGUAUAAGCAGUUACCAGAAGGUCUUAUCCCUCCAACAACACCAAAAUUUGCAUACGGGAAGGUUCGCUUGCAGAAGGCAGGCACUGUGUUGGGGAUUCUUGAUGGACUGUCACCUUCUGGACCAGUGAGAAGCACUUACCCAUUGACCUUCGUUGAGCUAAAGCAGUAUUUUGGAUAUGUACUGUAUAGAACUACACUUCCAAAGAACUGUGUGGAACCAACACCAUUGUCUUCACCUUUAAAUGGAGUCCAUGAUCGUGCCUAUGUCUCUGUUGAUGGGGUACCUCAGGGUGUCCUUGAAAGGGACAAAUCACUUGAGAUAAAUAUAACUGGGCAGGCUGGAGCAAAUCUGGACAUCUUGGUAGAGAAUAUGGGCCGAGUCAACUUUGGUAGAUACAAUAAUGACUUCAAGGGUCUAGUUUCAAAUUUAACUCUUGCUCAAGAUAUACUUGUUGGAUGGGAAAUCUAUCCUCUAAACAUAGAUGGAGCAGUGAACAAUGACAUUAUUUAUCUCCUUCAUCACCAGAAGACAUCUGAUGUCAAAGCAUUGAGUUACGAAGUACCUACAUUUUACACCGGUACUCUUUCAAUUCCUGGAGGGAUUCCAGACUUGCCACAAGACACCUAUGUCAAUUUUCCUGGUUGGACAAAGGGGCAAAUUUGGAUCAAUGGCUUUAAUCUUGGUCGCUACUGGCCAGCCCGUGGUCCUCAGCUGACCCUUUAUGUUCCCAGGAAUGUACUUGUUGCCUCGGUGCCAAACAACAUAACGGUGCUGGAGCUGGAGCGCUCCCCUUGCAGCACCCAGGCGUGCGAAAUAGAAUUUGUAGAUGAACCUAAUAUCAAUGCAACCCUACAGCAUGAAACUGAAAAACCCCCACUCUUUGUUAGAGAACUAUUGAUGAAGCAUCUAUAAUAAUUCGAGUAUUUCUUUAUCUUCCACCCUCAGCCGUUUGCUUCUCUUUCCCUAAAACCAUACUGUGUAACACAGGGUCUUCGAAAAAGGGAAGUUGUUUAGGUGAGGCAACUUCUUAAAUUCUUCAAAGACAUUUUUUUUAAAGUCUCUCAGUUAAAUAUUAAAUUUCUUUUUAAAAAUAAAAGCUGCAGCUUUGAAAUUUGCCUUGGACUGUGAAAGUGAACUCAACUGGAAGGUAAUGUUUCCAUCAGCCUAGUAAAAAUGCAGUCCUUGUACUCUGCUUAUACUGCAGUAACCUUCCUAUGCUUUUGGUUUUUACCAUGUUUUGCAACUGGAGAGAGGAGCCUACAAAAGGUGUGCAGUCCCCUCUACCUUGCUGGUUUCACUUAAGUGGACUGGUCAGUCAGAGCUGCCAAUAAACAAGACACUUUCAGCUUCCUUAAUCACCUUAUUAGAGUAUCAACAUCAUUUUAGUUUCAUUGGGCUUACUGCCAGCAUUGAGCGGACCUCAUUUUUUAGUGCAAGUGACUUGCAGAAAAUUUCAGUUGAUUUCUUACAGGACCAGUGAGAAAAACUGUGGAAAUAAGCAUUAAAUGCCAGCUGGUCCAAACAGCAGUAACAUGGAGUCUGCAUCUUUCCCUCUUGGAAAGCCAGUUUACUGCUUCCCUAUUGCUAUCUCUGAAGAUUUAAAGUAAAUGAAGCCAGUUUACUGCUUCCCUAUUGCUAUCUCUGAAGAUUUAAAGCCCAGGACGUGAAAUUUGGGCUGCUUUGGUGGAACCACAACCUGCUCUGACUAACCUGCCUGCAAAAUGUGGUUUUAAAGUGAUGAAUUUUUUCUUUAAUUUUUUCAGUUUGAGUUGGUGUUUUUUUUGGGAGGGGGGGGUUUGGGUUUUUUGUUUGUUUGUUUGUUUGUUUUAUUUCUUUUUUUUCCCCUAUUGGUCAUGGUGUACCUGCUUUUCAUAGGCCAUCACCUUGGAAGUGGAAUGCUUUAAGUUAAAGAAUUUUAUUUCUCUUUUAGUCAUUAAUUCACAUCAAUUGUUUUGUUCAGUAAACUGAUGCUCUUUGUAAGUGCCUGAUAUUUGCAAAGAUGCACUUCUGCAGACAGAAUCUUCUUUUUGAUUCUUGUGAUUUUGGUGUCAGUCAUGCAAAUUCUAUGGUGGUAUUUAAACAACAGAUGAUCAAAUCAAGUAUUUUCAUAAUCUGUGAUUUCUUCCUUUAAUUUUUGUCUGGCAUUAUUAAAGUGAUUCUUUAAAGAUUAAA